UAAGCGCAUACCCUGCUGAUCUGGGCAUUGUCUGUUUCUCAGCUGCCUUCUGUCAGUGUAUGCCGACGCAGUAAACAAGGGCCAGGAAGGGGAGGAUGCAGCAUUCCCUCCCCAGGGAGCAGGCGGCGCCCCUGGUGUGUUUGGACAGGUAGAAAAACAUCUAAAUGGAGUCGGAACAGCUGUUUCCUAGAAGUUACUAUCGCAACAGCUACAACAGUAUUACAAGUGCAAGCAGUGACGAGGAGCUUCUCGAUGGGGCUGGUGGCAUGAUGGACUUCCAUACCUUGGAAGAUGAUAACUUGCUGGAUGGUGAUGCAUCUGUUGGAACACACUACACAAUGACAAAUGGAGGAGGCAUUAGCCACAGUACUCAUCUGCUGGAUCUCUUAGACGAGCCCAUACCAGGGGUUGGAACCUAUGAUGAUUUUCAUACUAUUGACUGGGUACGGGAGAAAUGCAAAGACAGAGAGCGCCACAGACGGAUAAACAGCAAAAAGAAAGAAUCUGCAUUAGAGUUAGCAAAAAGCUUUUAUGAUGCCUGGUCAGGAUGGCUGGUCGUUACACUUACUGGAUUAGCAUCAGGUGCCCUUGCAGGACUGAUAGAUAUUGCUGCAGACUGGAUGACUGAUUUGAAGGAGGGGAUUUGUAUGGAUGCUUUUUGGUUUAACCAUGAACAAUGCUGCUGGGAAUCUAAUGAUGCAACAUUUGAGGAACGAGAUAAGUGUCCUCGAUGGAAGACAUGGGCUGAUCUUAUCAUUGGCCAAGCAGAAGGACCUGGAUCAUAUAUAAUGAAUUACAUUAUGUAUAUUUUCUGGGCUUUAAGUUUUGCGUUUAUGGCGGUUUCUCUUGUAAAAGUUUUUGCUCCAUAUGCUUGCGGUUCAGGAAUACCAGAGAUUAAAACAAUUCUAAGCGGAUUCAUCAUCAGAGGAUAUCUUGGUAAAUGGACAUUAAUGAUCAAAACUGUCACCCUGGUUUUAGCUGUGGCCUCAGGCUUGAGCUUAGGGAAAGAGGGUCCCUUGGUACAUGUUGCAUGUUGCUGUGGAAAUAUAUUUUCUUACCUCUUUCCCAAGUACAGCACAAAUGAAGCAAAGAAAAGGGAGGUACUAUCGGCAGCUUCAGCUGCAGGUGUAUCUGUUGCCUUUGGAGCACCUAUAGGUGGGGUUCUUUUUAGCCUUGAGGAGGUUAGUUACUACUUUCCUUUGAAGACUUUGUGGAGAUCCUUCUUUGCAGCCCUUGUAGCAGCAUUUGUUCUAAGAUCAAUCAAUCCAUUUGGUAACAGCCGACUUGUACUCUUCUACGUGGAAUAUCAUACUCCUUGGUACCUGUUUGAACUUAUACCUUUCAUUCUCCUGGGUGUGUUUGGAGGAUUGUGGGGAGCGUUUUUCAUCCGUGCAAACAUUGCUUGGUGUCGACGUCGUAAGACCACAAAGUUUGGAAAAUACCCAGUUCUAGAGGUCAUCAUUGUGGCUGCCAUCACAGCAGUGAUUGCAUUUCCUAAUCCCUAUACCCGCUUCAACACCAGCCAACUGAUCAAGGAGCUUUUCACUGACUGUGGGCCCCUAGAAUCAUCCAGCCUAUGUGACUAUAAGAAUGACAUGAAUGCCAGCAAGAUAGUGGAUGAUACACCAGACCGUCCUGCAGGCACUGGAGUGUACUCAGCCAUGUGGCAGCUGUGCUUGGCUCUUGUAUUUAAGAUUAUCAUGACUGUCUUCACGUUUGGCAUCAAGGUUCCUUCUGGUCUCUUUAUUCCAAGUAUGGCUAUUGGGGCCAUAGCAGGAAGGAUUGUGGGCAUUGCAGUGGAGCAGCUAGCUUACUACCACCAUGAUUGGUUCAUCUUUAAAGAGUGGUGUGAAGUUGGAGCAGACUGCAUCACUCCAGGACUGUAUGCAAUGGUUGGUGCUGCGGCAUGUUUAGGUGGCGUUACCAGGAUGACGGUCUCCCUUGUAGUCAUAGUAUUUGAACUGACUGGUGGACUGGAAUAUAUUGUCCCCCUCAUGGCUGCAGUGAUGACCAGCAAGUGGGUUGGAGAUGCCUUUGGUAGGGAAGGAAUCUAUGAAUCACAUAUACGCCUCAAUGGAUAUCCCUUCUUGGAUGCCAAGGAAGAAUUCACACACACAACUCUAGCUCGUGAUGUGAUGAGGCCAAGGAGGAAUGAGCCACCUUUAGCAGUUCUCACACAAGAUAACAUGACUGUAGAUGAUAUUGAAAGCUUAAUCAAUGACACCAGCUACAAUGGUUUUCCAGUCAUUAUGUCUAAAGAGUCUCAACGACUUGUGGGAUUUGCACUGAGAAGAGACUUGACAUUAGCCAUAGAAAAUGCAAGAAAAAAGCAGGAGGGCAUAGUUGGUAGCUCUCGGGUAUGUUUUGCCCAGCACACGCCAUCACUUCCUGCAGAAAGUCCACGCCCUCUUAAGCUUCGUAGCAUUCUGGACAUGAGUCCUUUCACUGUAACUGACCACACGCCAAUGGAAAUAGUGGUGGACAUAUUCCGUAAACUGGGUCUUCGACAAUGCCUUGUGACGCAUAACGGGAUUGUCUUGGGAAUCAUCACAAAGAAGAACAUAUUAGAACAUCUUGACCAUCUAAAGCAUCACGUGGAACCCUUGGCGCCUCCUUGGCAUUAUCACAAAAAAAGAUAUUCUCCGGCAUAUGGCCCAAAUGGCAAAUCACGACCCCGAGUUAAUAAUGUUCAACUGAACGUUAUCUCUGAGGAAGAUAGAGAGGAAACGGAAGAGGAGAUCAGCUUGCUACAGGACUCUAUGUCCUGAUGCGAGUAUAAGAGAAAACUGGAAGCGUUUUUUGUUACAAUCUAUUGCCUCCUGUUGCAACAUUUCCCUUGUGUUGGCAUUUAUGUGGAAAAAUAUCGACCACUACUUGUAACAAGAUGCAGGUUGUUUAUAAGUUAAAUUGGAACAGCUAAACCAUGCAGAAGAGCUAAGUUGUUGCAGGAGUGUGAGGUGUGUUUAUUUUCUCCCUAUGGUACACAAGGAAUGACUUUGAUUUGAGCCAUCUUUAUUCGAGACGUGCUACCCUUUCAUCACUGGAGAAAAUACUGUUUUUCUGAAUAAUAUGCUUUUGUACAUUCCAGGACAAAUUGAAUUUCCUUCUUUACCCCUCCUUCCUUACCGAAACUCAAUAAGAUAACUUUUAAAUAGAGAUGUCUCAUAUUGAGAUUUGCAAUUUUUCUUAAGCAACAGCAAACACAAGAGGUGUUUUCUUGUGCCAUACAACUUUUAGCUUGGUGCAGAUGUUCAGCAAAAUCAGCUAGUUCCUGCAGGAGAUACCAAUUUAAAAAGCUCACAGAAUUUGAACGGCUUCUGAUUUCUCAGUUUUUGCUCUGUAAAAUGAUGUGGUUUAUGCAACUUUAUUUUUGUACUGCUGGAGCCCUUAAUGUUUUGCAGUGUUAACACUAUUACUAUAAAGAUGGUUUGCUAAGACCCUGGCAGGACAUAGAGCCAUUUCUGUGGUUCAGUUUGCACAUGAAUUGCAAUUAAAAUCACCAACUUUUAAAUAUAUUGUGAUGCAGUUUGGAAUCAGUGAUCUUCUUGAGGAGUACAGGAAAUAGUUAUCAAGCAAUGUUUUCUCACUAUACAUGAAAAUGUGAAAACUCUGUGAUAUGAUCAUAUAUACAAAUACACUGGAAAUAUGUAAUCUACUUGAAGUUAAAAUUACUCAUUGCAUUUUCAGGGAGAAGGGUAAACCCACUACUAGAGGGGAGGUGUGACUUUAUAACUUGCACUAAAUGUACAUCUCAAAUCAUUGUAUUCAAUUUAAAAAAAAAAAUAUAUAUAUAUAUAUAUUUUUCCCCCCAUUUUAAAAUAAAUUGUAUUUAAUGUGAAAAUUGUGAAUACGAACAAUACAAUUAUGAAUUUAUUUUAGGUGGGCAGGCCUAUAUAUGUAUAUAUCUUUUUUAUGACUGAUUUGACCAAUAUGGAGAUAGCUCUACAUAUCUAGUUUGAGCACACAAAAAUUCAAAGGCUAAGGAAGAAGAGAUCCUUUUAACUUGUUCAUGUCUAAUCGCUUGACUCCAGUUUCAUUGGAUCAUUGAAAUGAUGAUUUGAAUAAGUGAUUUUGAAAGCUCAUAUCAACAAAAGCAUUAAGUGAGACAAAUGCUCAGUCAAAGGUGAAACCUAAACAAGGACAACGUUCUACAAUCCUUUAUGUAAGCAAUAAAACAUAGUAUGUGUUAAUAUUCUGCAAUGGUAGUAAUUGGUGCCUAUACUGCUUUAAAUUGCAGAGUAUUUCUCAAACCUUAUUUUAAUCACUUUACAUAACUAGAGUUCUUUAAAUGCCACUUAUUUAAAUGGAUGAUCAUUGUUAGUACUCCUGUAAUUGAUACAAAGGGUAUUUUGCUUGUAAUAAGUAUCUAGUACUUUAUCUUGAAACUGCCUUUAUAUUACAUUUGAAAAGUGAUAUUUUUUUUAUUUUAUUUUUUAAGAAAAAAGGUGCAUUAUUUGUUAUGGUUUAAGUGCCAUGAGAUGUCCUUUGUUAGCAUAUAGUUCACAUGACCUGCUAUAAUCAAUUUCAAGCACGCUAUAGCCAUUUUUAUUAGUUUGUGUGAGUAAAAUGACAUCAUUGGGUGAAUUGCCUUUUGAUAUUGCAGUAAGUUUUGGGAAUGUGGCUUUGGAGUUUAAAAUGACAAAAAACAGGAGCACAGAAAACUUAGCACAAAUGUAACCAUAUACAUGGAAGAACCUAUUUAAACACACAAACGGCUUAAUUACCCCUAUGCUCUCAUGAAGCUACCUAUUCCAAAACCUAAUUUUUUUUAUUUUUUACUACAUCUUAAUUUGAACUUGUAUGUUACAGGCAGCUUUAUUACGUCUUCCUUGUAAUCACAGCAUUUUUGUCAUUAAACAGUCUCAGGUAGCUAUUUUCUUUCUGUUCAUUCUGAUAAUACAUUGCUGAAGUCUUAACACUUUCUUCCAAAUUGUAUCAUCUAUUUAUGCCUUUUGAAGUAUCCAUGUAUUGCUAUAAUAUAAAUGCCUCUCCAAUGCAUUUACAUCAACGCAUUUCUAUAUAUGUAAAAAACAAUGUAGACAUGGCUUUUACAAAAACUAGCAAAAUACAUUUGAACCCAGCUGAACUUGGAUAAAGUUACUUUAGUGCUUUUGUGGGCAAAUUGCUGUGGAUUUGGGGAGCUUUUUUAACAAGGCAUUCAUUGUACUAUUUCUUGACAUAUUUGCAUCUUUUUAACAUAUUUUUUUUCCAUGAUCAUAUAAGAGAUUGAUGUUUAUUAAUUAUAAACAAAUAAGGUACCACUAAUAAAUACUAACUUUACCACCAAUAACGACUUUGUUACAUCUGGACAUUUGACAAGAACGUAUACUGAUAUGGUAAUAUUGAUUCUUACAUAAACAUUACAUUCCAGGUUUAUGAAUGCAACCAAAAAUAAACUAAUAAAUUUCACAUAAUUUCACUUUGUUUUGUAUAUUAUAUCAUUCUACUCCGUGUUCCUCUAACAAGUAUUACACAUGUUCUAUGUAGAACAUCUUUUGAAUAGCUUCCUCCAUGUGUGAGAAACCUUUUUUUUUCAGUCAGGACAAUAUGGGCAUUCCGAGGUACAAAUCCACGUUUAAAGAAAUUUGUUAGACAUUUUUUUUACCACACAGAGAUGUUUAAAUAAUGUUAAGUUAGUUGAGAAAAAUAAAAUCUUCAGUACUGCUUUAAUAUAUGCUGUGGCCAGAGCAAAUGAGUAAACUGCUGCCUGCCAGAAACAAUUAUAUCAGGAUUUAAAAUCUAAGAUCUUUAAAUAAUGACCAUACGUUGUUCAUGCACUUUUCAGUUUUAGUCUAGCAAAGCAUGACUAAGGAGUCCAUUGAACUUAUGUCGGCUCUUAUGUGUGAAUAGCAUUUCCUGUUUGUUAAAGAAUAUCCUUUUAUUAUGUAAUACUGGGCAGAGCCUUAAAAUAACUUACUAAAUGGCAUAGUUAAAGAUGUAUUUGCUUUUUAAUUUUAUUCAUAAGUCUUUUUAUGGGUUGAUGAAUGCAUAAUUCUAUAAUCAGUUGACGUUGACUAAAGCUGUAUUUAAUAUCGAUCUUAAUGUUUUUAUUUAUACUAGUAUGGUAGAGCUGCAUAUUAAUGUGUCAUGAUGACUGUAAUGUUUCAAUAAACAGGUAUUAAAGUCAUGUAUGAACAA